UCAGGCGGCACAGAGCUCUCCUGUGCACACACGGAUAUACCCGGAGACAAGGGACAACAAAGCAGUCAGAGGACAGAAAGCUGGCCGCAACUUCACUUGCUUUCCUCGGGGAAGAGAGGUGGAAGCUUCUGGAUCCCACGGUCUUGCACUAACGGCUGGGAAGGACUGUGUUUGAAGUUUUUGCCCUCCUCCUGCCUGUCGUGAUCUGUCCACGAGAGGCUGAAAAACUCCCUCUUCCUGGUUUCCCAGGGAGAUUAUUCCGAAGCAUGCUCGCGCCGUCUGAAACUCCCUCAACACCGGCAGGAUCAUUACGCGGAUUCAGCGCUGCUCGGCUAGAUUUCGGACACCUGGAAAACACAUUUCCUGGCCACUGAAGCGUGAAUUUAGGGAAAGACUUUUGUUUAAAAUGCCAAUAUUGCUGCUUGGAGAAAAUCUGUUAGUGUCUAUUUGUGUGCUGCCAAAAGGAUUACAAGAGACCAGGGCCUGUCAUCACAGCACUCUUGGGCAGAGUAAGAAGGCCCAGGGGAUUUGUAUUGACAAAGGACCUUUGUUUACUGGACCCACUGAAAUUGGACCAAGGGGCUGGUUGUAGUGCCUGUGAAGGUGUAGAGAUGGCCUUUGUCAAAAGUUUGAAUACUCACUCUGUACCAGACUAACCUUCUCUUGCCAGGCUACAGUUUUGUAAAAAACCAGCAUAUAAAAAUAGUCAAUUAUGGUGUUUGUGACAACAGAAAUAUAUGGUAUUAGAUGCACUGUUAUGACUUAAAGUGAUUUUUUUUAUUUAAAGCAGCUUCUAAAUUUUUGGAAAAAUGGAAAAUGCAGACAGUGAUCCAGAGGCUGAGGAGAAAUAUUCCCACAGCUCAAUUUUCAAUAAAUUCACCAGCAUAUUUUCACGACCUGGGAUGGAGAAAUCGGAAACACAGGAGGAGGGUGCGGUGCUUACGUCUUUUCGGACCCUGACCAACGAGCAGGAUCAGACUGUCGGCAAUGUCUCUGGUGGCGAUGGCCUAAACGAAAUUGACACAGGCCAAGAUGUGGGACAGGAUCACGAGAAUAGUGAGACAUCUGAGACAGAGAGCGGAGAAGCGUUCGAGUCCUGUGGGAGUGGAGAUGAUUCUUCUCCGACAUCACCCGUAGCUGGGCCUACCCCCAUCCAGCCAACCCCAGACUCUGAAUUGGUCAAGGUGACCAUGGUGGAGACCUACAGCGACACGGAGGAUGAGGAGGGGAGCAGCGGCUUGAACCAAUUAGAAAAGCUCAUUCCCCCCGGCGAGAUCCACUCUCUUGAGGAAGAUGAGUGCACGGCAGACCUUAACGAAGAUCAGCUGCUGGGCUCUGAUGGUGAUUCGAUUGAGUGGGACAUAGAGGUUCCUGUUUUCAGGCUUCACUCUCUUGAGCAGAAAUCGGUUAAAGACGUCUCUGUCCCUCUCCACGCACCAGACACCGCAGAACGUGACUGUCAAGAGGAUCCCACGGUGCCUCCCUGUGAAAGAGACCAAGUGCCUGCCAUCGCCUGCAGCCCUGACGAGGUUCCAGAUCUCUGCAGCACAGAAGCCACCUCAGAAGACAUGGGCUCUCAGUUUUCCUCCGUGUCCUCCAACCGCUCACACCGCGGCCACGAGGUCAAGGAUGUCACCGCUAUCUACCGCGUACAUUCCGGUGACCGCCCUUCAGGCACGGGUUCCUCCGUCAUCUGUGCCCCUUCGAACCCCGCGCUCACCCCGGCUCUCAUGGAGGCCAUGUCCGAGGGCUUGGAGGAGGACCCGGGAAGCGGAUCGCCCCAACAGAGCCAAGGGAAGUCAGGUGUAUCUGAAGAUCCAUUUCCUGCAGAUGCCCAGACGGGUCUUAGUGAACCUCCAGGUACCGCGGAGACAGACAGGGUGAAAGACCAGCCUGCCCUCAAGGGUAAAGAAGGCCCUCCAGGGAUGGAUACAGCAGAGCCACACGUGCAGGAUUCUUCUGCUGAAACCCUGCCAAGUGUUGUGCCCUCUGUGCCCAAGAGCCAGAUGGAGACGCCUGCAAGCAAGGGAAAGCCGGCAGACCCAACCCUGGGGACCCCCUCACGGACUACGUCCUUCCAGCUGCCUGCCCUCUUCAGCGGGCUGAGGGUGCUGAAGAAGGGGGUCGUGGGGGAGGAACGGGAGUCCAUGUCCGAGAUUAAGCACAGAGACACGGAUCUGGCUAUGCUCAAGCUGAAAAAGCCGGUCAACAAAGCCAAGCUCUUGCCUGAGCAAUUGCCCAGCAUGAAACGUCCAGAGCCGAAAGCCUUGCCGGAACCAAAGGGCAGCCUGCUGGGGAAUUUCACCCAGUUGCUGAGCCUGGACAGGCCAAAACUCGAGGACAAAGUGGGCUCAGAGUGCCAGGACAAAAGGGACCCAGAGGAACAAGAUAAGGGUGCAGAGGAGGACACAGAGCCAGCAUCCCCAAAAGAGGAUGCUGGGAAAACCACAGAGACUGCAUUUGGUACCUUCAAGUCUUUCUUCAGCUCCAUGACCACAAAGAAGAAUUCUGUUGAUUAUUUAGAUGUGGAUGUGGAUGUGGCGAAGAGGAAAAUCAGAAAUGACAAGGAGGUGCUGAAAGCUAUCCUUGAAAGAUCUCCUUCUAAUGAAAAUAAGAGCCCAACACACUUAAAUUCUGAGGUGAUCUCUCCAACAGACAGUGAGGAUCGGACCCCCGGCCGUCUGCAGGCUGUCUGGCCUCCCCCAAAACCCAGAGAUGAAGAGGAGAAGUUGGGUCUCCGGUACACUGAAGCAGAGCACCAGAAUGCCCUACUGCAGCUGAAGAGAGAGUGCAAAGAGGAGGAGGAAAAGCUGAAAAAAGACUUCCAGCUCCAGGUCUUCCAGUUGCGAGGGGAGCAUGCUGUCGCCGUGUCAAAUUUGGAGGGAGUCAUCGGCAAGCUGCACAUGGACGUGUCCUGCAACGCUUGUCACAAGCACGGCGAGGUCCUGGAUGCGUGCGUGUCGACGGAGGACGACCUCCCGCCCAAAACCUUCCGCACCGUGUGCGUCCAGACGGACCGGGAGACCUUCGUCAAGUCGCCCGAGGGCGAGGGUGGCAAGGCCACCCAGAGCCCCAACCAGAACGUGCCUAAAAAACUCGACCUCGGGGCCAUCAACAUGAGCCUUGCAGGCUCAGGACCGGCCCCUCCUCCUCCCCCACCUCCACCUCCACUACCUGGUGGUCAUUUCGCACCACCUCCUCCCCCACCUCCACCACCACUACCUGGCGGUCAAUUUGCACCACCACCUCCACCCCCGUUGCCCGGAGCUGGGGUCCCUCCCCCACCCCCUCCCCCUCCUCCACCUCUUCCUUUUGGGGCUGGUCCCCCUCCUCCACCUCCUCUCCCAGGGGCAGGGCCCCCUCCUCCUCCACCCAUGCCAGGGUUUGGACCUCCUCCCCCGCCUCCUCCCCCGGGAGGCCUGGCUUUAAGCCGCCCAGUGCCGAAAGGCCCGCGGAAACCGGCUGUGGAGCCAGCAUGUCCCAUGAAGCCAUUGUACUGGACAAGAAUACAGAUCCAAGGCAACAGUAAUAACACACUCUGGGGCUCUCUUGAAGAGCCAGAUAUCGUCAACACAAAAGAGUUUGAGGACCUUUUCUCAAAAGCAACGCUACAACCAAAGAAGAAGCCCCUGGCGGACACCUAUGAGAAGAAAGCGAAAGCCAAGAAGAUUAUUAAAUUGCUGGAUGGAAGGAGGUCUCAGGCAGUGGGGAUCCUGAUCUCAAGUCUGCAUCUGGAGAUGAAGGACAUUCAGCAAGCUGUUUUGACUGUGGACAAUUCUGUGGUGGACCUGGAGACCAUUGAAGCUUUGUAUGAAAAUAGGGCUCAAAGCGAUGAGCUGGAGCUAAUUAAGAAACAUUUUGAUACUUCCAAAGAGGAUGAAGUCAAGCUGCUAGACAAACCUGAACAGUUCCUGUACGAGCUUUCUCAAAUUCCUGAUUUCACCGGGCGGGCCCAAUGCAUCAUAUUCCAGUCUGUCUUCUUCGACGGGAUAUCUUCUAUCAACUGCAAAGUGGAGAUUGUUUCUCGCGUGUGCAAGGGUCUUCUGGAUCGCGCCUCGGUGAAGGAGGUGAUUGGGCUGAUUCUGGCUUUCGGGAACUACAUGAACGGCGGGAACAGGACCAGGGGCCAAGCCGACGGCUUCGCUCUGGAUAUCCUGCCCAAACUGAAGGAUGUCAAGAGCAGGGACAAUCGUAUAAAUCUGGUGGACUAUGUGGUGUCAUACUAUCUACGCAACUUUGAUCAGAAUGCAGGAACAGACAAGAGUGUGUUCCCUCUGCCUGAGCCACAGGACUUGUUCCUGGCGGCCCAAGUGAAGUUUGAAGACCUGGAAAAAGACUUCAGGAAGCUGAAGAAGGACCUGACAGCUUGCGAAAAGAGAGUGGAGAAGGUGUGUGCAAACUCCUUGGAGGAGCACCUCCAACCGUUCAAGGACAAAAUGGAAGCUUUCAUCUCAACCGCACAAAAAGAACACAGUGCAGAAGAUGACCAUUUCAAAACUGCUCAGAAAAGCUUCCAGGACACGGUGAGCUACUUCGGUCUGAAGCCCAAGCCAGGGGACCAGGAGGUCACGCCGGGCUACGUCUUCAUGCUGUGGUACGAGUUCUGCAGCGACUUCAAGAACAUUUGGAAGCGGGAAAGCAAAGUUAUUUCCCAGGAGAGGCUAAAGGAGGCUCAGCAGUCUGUCAAGAAGAUCACUGCAGAGAAGAAAGUGGAGACCAAGAAGAUUAAUCCUAACAGUCUGAAAGAACGGCUUCGACAGAAGGAAGCAGGUGUGCCCUCCAGCUAGCUAAGAGAGACAGAAGAGUGAAGAAAGAAAGAAAGAAAGAGAAAGAAAAAGAGAAAGAAAAAUAAAGUGGUGUGUUUAACCUCCAGCUAUACUAUCCUCGCUUUUCCUCUGGACAUCAUACCUCAGUGCUCAAUUCGCCUCAGUGCCAAGACAUUACUACUUUCCUGUCCUACAGAACUAGUACUUCCAGUUUAUAAUGGGAUCACACGUAUGUGGAAGAUGCUUAACAUUCUGUUAUGCGUAAGAGAAGAAUAUAUAAGAAUAUCAGAGAAGAUGGAAGUCCAAGACAGUGACAUGAAUGCUUGAACAUCCAGUAUCCCAAAACCAGUAUGUCUCACAAAAUAUGGGUCUCAUUUUAACAGCACUGUGGCUGACUGUGAGGAUGUAGCAACACCACUUUUUGAACCUUUGUAAACAUAUCCAAAAAAGGACGUCUAGCCAAUGUGGAAGCACUUUCUUCUGGACAUGGGAAUUGAUCUUUCUUGAAUUCAAUCAAAUGCAUUUAUAGCUUUGUUAUAUGUAGCAUACAAAGCUGAAGUGGGUUUUAGCUCAAACUCAGUACAUACAUAAUCAGAUGAAGAACUGAUGCAAAACAAACUAUUAAAACAUGUAAUUCAUGUAAUAUAACAUUAUGUAAUAUAUGGGUCAGAACAGAUGUUUUACAAUUCAGCAAGUUCAUAUGUAUUUAUCCAGCAUACUUGCAACCUGAAAUUAUGAAUCAUAUUGCAGGAUGAAAAAUUUAUAUCAUGAUUAAGAAGAAAUUCUCCCCCGUUUUGGACUGAUAAUUAUUAUUGAGGCAGACUUUGUUUAUUAAACCUUGGCUGUAGAAAUUUUGUUUUGUCUGGACUACAGUGACCCCUGCAGGGGGAGGGACAGGCAUUGCUAGAUGGUGUCACCUGUCCUUGAAGACAAUUCCAUUCCAAGUGUUCCGGUGGACUGGGCACUUCACUAACUGGUUUGAGUACAAUAUUGGUUUGAAUGGAAAGUACAUGACUGUUCCAUGGAGUUUGCAAUCCCGUGUGUAUAUAAAAUGCAUAGUUAUUCUUAUAGAAUCCCUCUAGAAUAAAUGGAUAUUACAUGUUAUGAGAUUUGAGAAUAUGCAUCACAAUCCUAAGCACUUUCCUGCUUGCAACAGCUUUACUUGCUAUGCCACUCCGCAGUCUAAAUGGUAGUGGUUCAGAUAUAGCACUUUUUAAACCUCUGUUUUAAUCCCUAUGCAAUAUGUGUUCUCACUGUACGUAUAACAUUGGUGAAUUAUUGAAUGAUGUUAUAAAAAAUAUCAAUUUUGAUUUUAGGAAGAAACCAUAUAUAUUUAUUUAAUAAAAUAUUUCUAUUUGAAUUCUGAAAAAUGUAUGAAAAAUGAAAGUUGUCAUGGAGAAAAACAUAAAGGUAAUUAAUUAUAUAUUAAUAUGGUUUGAAGUAUAUGUAAAUAUGAAUGAAAGAUUUAUUUUAUGCCUAUUUGUCCAUUGUAUGGCCAUUGAAGAUGUAUUUUUGUAUUUUACUUAAGCUCAAGUGUGAAAAAAAUAUGAAUAUGGCUAAAUUAGAUGAGACGUGUUACAUUUUAUUAUAGUUGCCACUGCCCUGCAAAGGGUUAUAAAUUAAAAUGUGAAAUAUAAAUUGUAAUAAUGGCCUACCUAUUUACAAAUUCUUGUUCCUCAUUUAAAACCUGGAUUGUGUGAUUAUACUCUUGCAAAAAAGUAUUUGUAAAUUACUACUUCGCCCAACCAUCUGUGGCCAACAAUCUUGUUGAACUUCAAAUGCAGUAUGCUUGCAUAAGAAGAUUCGUAGACACUGUGUCCAUACACAUUUGUAUUUUGUUUAUCAAGAGAAUCAUAGGUAUGAUUCGUUUUGAAUAUGGAGGUUGUAAUCUAGGUGCAGGUUUUGCCGGUUCACUCAUUUGUGAAGAAUGGCUGUGCUAAAAAUACACAUUCUCAUGAUCAAAGUCAAUUUUUGGAUAAAUGGUGAAGUGACUGACAGAGAUCAACAAAUUUAUGUGAGAAAAAAAAACCAAUGCUCUCUAGGUUCACUCCAUGAGUUCUCCAACCCAUAAGUUAGGUGUAUGUGUAAAUGUGCUAGGCCACAUUAGGGCAGAAAUAUGAAAUCAAUGCCUCCGUCCUAGUGACUAAAUAAAUUUGAUUCCUUCA